AUGUACCGCUGUAGAUUAUCGCCAUUUGAUCUUCCACGGAAAUUUAAUCGUGGAGGGCAGUCGAUUUUGCAACCACCUCCUCGGCUAUUCUGUAUUGACAGAUAUGGACGAUUCAAUGUAAAUAAUGCAUGUCCGGUGUGUCGUGACGAGUACUUGUUCUUUGACUACCGGAAUCCUGCUUUGAUCGAGCAGUUUCUUUCUGAUGGAACUCACCAGCCGAUUGCUAUUCUGAAAAGUGGCCUUUGUCAAGAGCAAUACGCUUUGCUCAGAGCCCAGUUGCUUGCUGCGAAGGAACACGCCACUGCGUAUAAAGAGGUACAAGAAGAACAAUUACGUUCGGUGUCGACUUUCGAAAUUUCGACUUUCGGGACUGGUAUAAGGAAUGGACGAAACCGCCAUUGCCUCAUGUGGAGCGUGCUGGAAUUCGCCUUCAAGACAUUCAUCCAGAUCCACUGGUGUCAUUCCCCACGUUCAAGCGUGAUUUCAACAAUGAUUGGGACCAAUGGUGGCUUCGAUAUGACAAAUUUGCUCGCAAGGGAAAGUGAUCUCAAUAAGUGCUUUUGGUUUAUUGUCUUCGCAGAAAUAACAUACUACUCUGUACAGAUGGUAUGGCUUCGAGUUAGCGUUUUCUUACUUCUGCUUAUGUUGUCUGAACAAAAGGGAAAAUCAGAUCGGUUGAAGAAACAGGAGAAAAAGAAGGAAGAGGUAGAGAAGGUCACUGUCCAAAAACAGGAGGAAGAAGAGAAAAAUGAACUGCCACUCUCCCAUCCGCCGUCAAGCAUCUCAAAGCAGUCGAUCUUGAAAGGCCAUGAAACAGUGGAUUUCUCGCCGAGAAAGUUCGAAAAUCCUGUUCUCGUCUAUGUCACACCGUGGAAUAACAAAGGUUAUGACUUGGCCAAAUGGGUGUCACAUAAAGUCACACAUGUCUCGCCAGUCUGGCUGCAGGUGAGUUCUUUAUUGCGGACGAAUGUCUAUGCAAUGUGA